AUGAAACUAUACCAACGUUCAUAAUCGCUUCAUCGAAUGAAGUAGUUGAAAUGUGUGUAUGUAGAUAAGCUCUCACUGCUUCGUCAUUAAAUAAACAUCCUGCAUGGCACUGAUAACAUUGUCUAUCAGUUAAUACCAGUGUUAGCCAAAAACCAGGCAAGCUUGGAAUGUUAUUUUGCUUUUUUACUUACAUGGUUUUCUUUGCAGUUUUGUUCUUUUUGCUCUUGCUUUUUUACUGUUUUAUAGAUCGCCAUGUAUCUGCGUAUUAAGUACACAACUACCCUGUUGGAACUUCCAGAGCAAAAUACCGCUGAUUUAAGCAAAACAGCGCAUUUUUGCUGGGGCGAACACUGACCAAUACAUUUCCCCACGUCAUAAUCUACACGAACAAAUAUUCAUUCAUUCCAACGUCGGCUGCGGGCCAGAUAAGUUUUACUGUUAUUUUUUUGUUAUUCAGUGCAAAAUGACGAUCGUGCUACCAAACAAGAUCAGUAAUAUAUUAAUUCGCGACUCUAACCUGACUUCGGAGAGAUACUUGGUGGUCGAUAUUUUACAAACGUCUCUCUCACUAAGGGAUCACCUUCGGUCAAACUUUCUGAGAGGAAUUCCACUUACAGCGACGACAUUACGGGAUGUAUUGACAGACUGGGUGACUCGCAAUGGAGACCAGGCUACCAUUUCAAAACUGUGCCAGAUCCUGAGCUUCAAUAAGCUUGACGCUGCUGCAGAACUCCUUCAAAACUAUGGAUCUGUCCACCACUUCAAUCUUCCCAAGCCAUGCGCCACUUUUUUCGGCAGAGUUGCCGAACUCAAGACCCUCCUUCACCACUACAACGACACGAGUACCCGGAUUAUUAUAGUUUCCGGUCUUGCCGGCCAAGGGAAAACCGCCGUUGUGAGACAGUUUAUCAACCAGAUUCUGGACACCAGUCCGGACAACGAAUUUACCCCGCUGAUAACUUUCUUUAGAGAAAGCCAAUUCCGCCAUCUAACCGAUGGCAUAAACAAAUGUGCUAAACAUUUUGAACUAACCGCACCUACUUUGCACUCCCUGCUCAGCUCAAUCAAGGAAAAGAUAUUUCGAGAUGUUCCGAACGUCAAGUGGGUCAUUGUAAUCGAUAAUUUAGACGUCAAUCGAAAUGGGUCAAUAUUCCCCGAGAUUCUGGACCUAGUCGAUUCCAACAUUAUUUUAAUAGUCACCACACGCGGGAUGGAUUUACCGCUCAAAAGUGGGGUCAAAUUAGUCAAACUUAUGGAAAUGCGUGAUAGCGAGGCCGGCCAGCUUUUGAAACAUCUCUCAGGCCAGGAAGGUGUCCAAUUAUGUCAAACUCGUCAUCCUCUCACUAUCGUCAAGAUGGCAAAUUUCAUAAAAAAUCAGGAAUCAGACAAUAAUGACAAUUUGCAGGAACAACUCACCAAUUUGCAACACGGUAUUUUGCAGCAUCUCCUCGAUAGUGAGGUAGACGCUAUCUUAAAAAACUUUAAAACUCCAGCGAAAUUAGUGAUCUCGACUUUAAUCCUGAUUUAUUGCCUGGGCGAAGUUCAUCUCGAAUUUUUGCACGAACUGGUCUCAAUCUAUGAAAAACACUCAAUUUUUGGCAAAUUGGUAGGUAAAUUAGUUUCUCGCAUUGAUUUGAAGUCCACCCUGGUAGUUGUUACCCAGUUAGAAAAAUAUUCGCUAAUUAACUUUAACGGCGCAAUCAUUUCCUCGAAUCCAUUACUUUCGCAGGUUUUAGGUGAAAAUUUCUAUCCUUCCAAAAGGAAUCACAUUUUCGCAGUUUUAUUUAAAAAUAUUGAUCUUGAUCACGUUGUUGGCUCUGAUUUAAAAUAUGUCUUUAAAAUAUGGGAAAAGGGAUCGCAAAAUGAUAAUAUUGUUCUAAAUCAUGCAUCAUUCGCUAUUUUUCUACGGGAUCGACUGGUUCUUGAGGGGUGGGAUCGAGACGUGAUUAAUUUUUCGGUUUCUACUCGCAAACUUUUUGCCCAAGUAUUUCGCCAUGAUGGUGGUUAUACUAUAGAAAUGGGGAGAUACAUAAGAUAAUUACAGAAUAAAUUAGCAGACACAAACUACAAAUUUCUGCACAAAUUUGACACUUGCACUAGUUGUAUUUAAUAUGUGGUAAUGAUGGAAAAUUGUAAUUUCUUAUUUAAAUUGAAGUCCUUAGCAUAUGCAUCUGGUAAAUAUUUAUUAAAAUGUUGCAAUAACUAAAAAAUAUGAAUAAAAUGAAAAUAUUU